GGUGUAGGUGCUUGUUCUUGAUGGGCUGCUUCAAUUUUUCGUUUUACAUCGUGGUAGUUCAUGAUCUACUGCAUGUUGUCCUGCCGAUCCAGAUCCCACACCACGUUCACGAAGCUUCAGUACAGGUACAACUAGUACAAGCUUGAGCAGCUGCUUCUUGACAGAGGAAAUUACAACAAGAACCACCAGUACAACAUCGGCAUCUUGAAGAAAGGCUAGUACGACAUGCCUUUACCUUCACAAGUCAAAGUGAAAACAGGGACAUUCCUGUCAUCCUCGGAGGAGAAGAGAAGGCAGGAGCGGGCGGCCGAUGAUCGCAAACACGAACAUUCCGAGCAACAACAUGACUUAGAGGAGCAAGAACAUGAUGCAGCAGAGGCACAGCGAGCUCGAGGAGAAAAAGCUACAAGAGCAGCCGAAGAGCGGCAGCGUACGGAGGACGAGAAAUGCCGUGAGGCAAAGGAGCGCAAAGAACAGCGCGAACAUGAUGAGGAUGCGCGCUCUCCCGGUGCCACAGAUGAUGGCAACGGCGGUCAAAUGAAUGAGGAUAAGGCUGAAGAUGUCAUGAGCUUAGACGACCCGGCUGUUGAAGCGGAGGAGCAACAGUAUGGUGAGG